AUGAAUGGGGGAGUUGCGGACGAAAGACGGUCAUUACGGUGUCUAUGCCACAAAGGUUCAGUACAGUAUCGCUCGCACACCCAUUUCUUUCGUUUCUUUGCUUCCUCUGAGCGACAUUACGGCCGCCCAAAUUGGGUAUGUACACCUUUCCGUGUCGGAGAACACGGGCCUGCACCUACCAGGCGGGAAUGUGAGAUUGAAUUGAGAUCACGGGAGGACGAAGCCGAUCUUCAUGACGCACUUCAAUUAGUCGCUUCUUUUUGUCCGUGGGCGCCCUCAAGCGGGAGCUAUACUACUCCAACUCUGGUACAUCCACCUCUCCCGUCUCCGCUUUUGCUUGCAUGCCCGACUACUCCGUUCCUGUUGGAGAAUGCCAGCGAUCAUCAAUAG